AUUGCAUAAAUCGUGUAACGAAACACGUUUACGGGAGGAUGUUGUCAUCUGUCAGAUUUGGCCUUCAAUUGCUGGGGUUUCACGCGAUUUCGAAGGAUUUUUUCCUGUUUCUUGCAAUGUUUGAGUGAAACUCGAGUUAAAGUCGAUGGUGUGACAUCUGGAUGAUAGUGCGUGAGUUAAAAUGACAUCGAGAAGCAAGAAUGCAGUGCGGAGUUACGAAACAGAGAUCGAGAAGAGCCGUGAGGAGUCGAAUUGGAAGAAGGCGGUGGAUUUAGCUCAGCAGCUGAAGUCCAGGUCUCCUCAGCAUGAAAGCCUCGCACACUUCCUCAUCGGAGAAGGCAAGCUUGAAGCCUACCUGGACGAAUGGCCUCCAAACAAAGAAAACAUUGAACGAGCCCAACGGGAGCUCUCCGAGGCCCGGGGCUACCUGACACUGGCUACCGAUGAGGCAGGCCGGAAGGCCGGAGUGGCUUUGGAUGCUUAUCUGCUGCUUGGGAAGCUGAACUUUGCCUGCGGGGCUUAUGAUGAAUCCCUUAAGAACUAUAAGAUGGCAGAACUCAAUACGCUCACGGAGAAGGAGCUGCCUAUUCGGAGUUUACGAAUAGUAGCCGAGUCCUACGCCAUCAAAGGGUUGUGUCUCGAACAAACAGCGUUACCAGGCAGCAGUCGAUAUAAGCAGGCAGAGCGAGAAAGCGAAAUGAUUCGGAGUUUCGAGCUGGCAUCAGAAUUGACGCUACUGUAUCUCCAACGAGGUACAACAAACGUCAGUGCGGGCGCGACGCUCGAGACAGCACUACAGCGCGUCCCGCUCUUACACAUACGGGCUCAACGGUUACAUAGCGCCGUUGACAGGUAUCGAGUGAUGCUAACGGCGGUCGAAGCGGCAUCCACGCAGGCGUUGCGGUUAGCGCUCGCCCGGCAGCUCGCCGAGCUGCUUAUGCGAGGGUUGGCUGGGCAGGAGUAUCGAGCGCCCGAGCCCGCGCCCACGCCCAGCAGUGGGCCGGGGGGCACGCUGCGAAGGAGAGAGGACUACGUGAGUGACGGACCGUGGAAACCUAAGAGAUACGCCGCCAUUAACCAGUUCGUCCCCCGAAACGAGUACGAGGAGAUAAUCCUCCUCCUCCUAGUAGGCGAGGCCAUGGCGGUGCGCGACGCGGUGCUGUCGCAGAGCGCGGAGUUCGAGGCGGCGCGCCAACAUGCCCUGGCCAACGCCGUGGCUGUAGCCGACCUGCUGGCGCUGGCUGUCACGAGAUGGGGACAGCUAUGUCUUGUUUUAGAGUCCCUGGAGCGAGCGAUGAAGUUUUCGUUCGGCGUGGCGCAUGUCUGGCGGCAGAGGGCGCUGGCCACGGCGGCGGCGGCGCCUACACCGCCCGUGCAGCUGUGUCACGCGCCACAACAUAUCUCGCCAGGCAGCACGGCGUGGACGGCGGGCGUGCGCGCGCGCGCGGUGCUGAGGCGCGCCGCGCCGCUCGCGCCGCGCGACGCGUCCCUGCGGCUGCUCGGCGCCGACACGUGCUACAGGAGUGGAUGGAUAGAAGACGGAAUAGAGUUAGCAGAACAGGCGUUAGCGAUAGAGGACGAGCGAAACGGACCCAUGUUGGCGAGGUGCUGUCUCUACUGUGGGAUUGGGUACCAAAUGUUGGCACAGAAAACGAAUUCCCGCGUGGACAAGGACGCAGCGAACGAAAAGUGCCUCAAACUCCUAUUACGAUCAGUCACUUUGGAUGACAACGACCAUUUGGCGUUCUACCAUCUCGCUGUGGCGUACAUGCAACAGGGGAGGCUAAAUGAUGCUAUGGACGCAACGCGAGCCUGCCUGACCGCUCACUCAGAAAGCGGCGGCGGUCUCCGCCUGGCCACGGCGCUGUGGUCGUGCGCGGCGGCCGGGCCGCGGGGCGCGCGGGCGCUGGCCGCGGCGAGGCUGGCGCGGGCGCGGUACCCGGGCGCGCUGUGGCCGCUGUGGGCGCUGUGCGCGCUGCAGCUGGUGUGGGAGAGCGGGGAGGCAGCGUUAGCGACUGGUAAGGAGUUGCUCACACUGCUGAAUAGCGCGGAAGCGGAGGCGGAAGCGGAAGCGGAGGAGCGGAACGGGUACGCGGAGCUGGACGCUCUGUCGGACUCGGGGCAGACGGACUUGCAUAGCACAACGCAUGCGCCGUCCGUACGAGCAGAAUCCGCUGGCGCUUAUCGGGUGGAGCGAGCCUUAUCAGAGGGCGCGUCGUCGGUGUCGGCGGCGCGGAGCAAGGCGCGGCCGCCGCUGGCCGCGCACCGCGCGCAGGCGUGGCUGCUGCUGGCCGAUCUGUGUCUUAGGCUGGGCCGCGUGGCGGCGGCGGCGGGCUGCGCGGCCGAGGCGGCGGCGCUGGCGCCCGCCAGCCACGAAGUGCUCUACACGCGGGGCUUGGUUCACGAGGCGAGCCAGGAGUGGGAGGAGGCGCGGCAAUGUUUCCAGAACGCACUCGCGCUGCAUCCCACGCAUCUCGACAGCAUUGUGCAUUUAGGCGCCGCGUACUACAACCUGGGCUGGCUGCGCCUGGCCGAGAAGGCGCUGCGCGAGGCGGGCGCGCUGGCGCCGGCGCGCGCCGACACGUGGCGCCGCCUGGCGCUCGUGCUGGCCGCGCUGGGCGAGCCCGCCGCCGCCGCCGACACCGCCGCCGCCGCGCUCGCGCUGCACCCGCUCAACCACCUGCCGCUCUGAGCUCCACCCUAGUGCGUACACUAAUAAACAACCUGUUAUCAUGUAUAAUGACCGAUACUGUGUUUACGCGAGACUAAUUACUAAGCCGAGUAGUGGAUGUUAUAGUUACCGAUCUUAUACACUUUGUAAGAAACUGCUGCAUUGAUAUGUAUAACGAUGAUUGAAUGAUUAUUAAGGCCUCCAAACCGAUCCGUGGAUACUAAGAUUAGUACGAACGAUACGAUACGAACUAAAACAAUACAUUUUAACAAUUAUCGCGGUGCACCCCCUCACACAUCUCCCGCUCUGAGCUCCACCAAAUGCGUACACUUAUAAACAACCUGUUAUCAUGUAUGAUGACCGAUACUGUGUUUACGCGAGACUAAUUACUAAGCCGAGUAGUGGGUGUUAUAGUUACCGAUCUUAUGCACUUUGUAACAAUCUGCCGCAUUCAUAUUUAUAUAACAAUGUUUGAAUGAUUAGUGAGGCCACCAAACUGAUCCGUGGAUACUAGAAUUAUUACCUACACUAAAAUACCAAUGUAUUAUACUUAUAACAGCGUCUAACUAUGAACAGACAUCACCGCCGCGCUCACCUUGCACCCGUUAACGCACCUGCCGCUCUGAGCUCCACCAAGUGCGUACACUGACAAACAACCUGUUAUCAUGUAUAAUGACCGAUACUGUAUUUACGCGGGACUAAUUACUAAGCCGAGUAGUGGGUGUUAUAGUUACCGAUCUUAUGCACUUUGUAACAAUCUGCCGCAUCCAUUUACAUAUAUUACAAUGAUUGAAUGAUUAUUAAAGCCAUUACCAACCGAUCCGUGGAUAAUAGAUUACCUACGGUACGAUACGAAAGCAAUAAAUAACAACAACGCCUGCUAUGAACAGAGACCACGCCGUUCCCGCCCUCGCAUUAUAUACAUCCAUUGGCAAAUUCCUGUCUAAAAAAAUGGCGUGACCUUGAGUAUCUUUUGCGGCAUUAGUAUUACAAUAUUAAGCAGGGACCGGAAAAAUGAUCUGGCCACGACAUAUAUUGACAGUGUUGUGCUUAACCAAUACUACCUGAUCCAAAAUUGUAUGUAGAUAGCAGUGGCGGCGCGUCACAAAUAUUCGUAAGGAACCCGGAGCUAAUUUUGCUUUCCUUUUCUCCAUAAAC